UUGUUAAGACAAAAAGUGGAAUAUCUUGAGCAGGUAAUUUUUACAUCUGUAAAGAUAACGUUCUUGUACCGACACUGUCUUCAUUUUGAGGAAAGUGCCUCGUUGGCGGAUAAACUAGUAGAGCGGCAAGUGGCUUUAGCGGAGGAAUCUGACAAGGUUCUGGGCGUGACGCACGAAAUGUACACCUUACGAGAGCUAAACUGUUCGACGCAGAAGAAACUUGAGGAGGCGUUCGAAACGAUACGCGAGUUGUCGUCAAAGACCCGGGAAGAUUUAGUCGACUUUGCUGUACAAGUUGACGAUCAUCACAUGAUCGAGCAUAUUCACACCCUUCAACAGGAACUAGUGGAUUCUCAAGUUAUUCAGGCUGAUAUGAAGUCGACGAUUAAGGAUCUUAAAAAUCGCAUUCUUGAGCUGGAAUCGACAAACAAGCGUCUUCAAGAGAUGCCUCCUGACAAUUGCAUAGCUAACCUGCAGGAAGAAUUAAUCGCGGUUAAAAUGCGCGAAGCGGAGGCAAAUCUUUCGCUGAAGGAACUUCGGCAGAAAAUCACCGAACUUGACGAAGCGUGGAAGGCAAUAAAGGCCUUUGACCGUUGUUACACGUCGUUGUACACGCCAAACACAGGCCAUGCGGAGCCGAGUCCAAGCCCCAACUCUGUUGUGAACACGAUCGCAAAGAAAACGAAGCAAAAGGAAAACGCUUUUACUUCAGCUGCAGUCAAGGAGCUCGAAGAUCAGCUGAUGUGUGUACGCAUUCGCGAGGCAGACACAUUGGCGGAAUUGAAAGAAAUGCGACAGAGAGUGAUGGAAUUAGAGACGCAGAAUCACGUAUGUAGCAACCAGAUCCGGCGGCAGGAUGAUGAAAACAAGCGCUGUCAGGCGGAACUGCAGGCGUUCGAGGCAAAAGAGAAAGAGUACCACUCGCAGCUCACCGAUGAACGGAGAAAGACAGCGGACAUCGAAUCUCAGUUGAAGGAACUUUCGGUUGUUUCGAAAGUGAAAGAGGCAGAACUUUUGGAGACGAUAGCCGAACUAAAUAAUAAGUUGUCAUCGCUUGAGAGUAAUCAGCUUGAAAAAUGGACCAGGGAAGAGCUGAGCAGAAGCCUGCUGGACGGCGACGCCGCCGGUGACUGUGACGACAUAAACGUGGUUUCUCGAUCUCGACUCGAUUCUGUAGUAAGCAAUGACACUUUCGAAAGCGACGGCGACUUCAACUCGUAUGCUGCUGAGAUGACCAUGAAAAUAACGCCUGACAGUGUUCUUGUGCCUUCUGACGGCAACGCAGGCGGCAGCGCCGUGCAGGCAAACAGCGAACCAAGGCCCUGACG